UUUUCUUCCACGCAAUCCCGCGAUUAGGUUUUGCUCGUCUAGUCGCCAGCGCUUUCUGUCCGCAGCUGCCACGUCAGCCUGCCGCUGACGAAUUUCCACUAUCAGCAAAGCACGCCGCGGAUCGCGGCACAGUUUCUCGGCAACUAGUAGCUCGGAUUCGACACCUCGGAUCCGCCAGCUGAUUUUGAGCCUGGCUUCUUUUCCCCACCCUCUAGUAGCAAGUUUUAGGAUCUGCAUAGUCCUCGCAAGCUAAAUAGUUCUGUUUGAUUUCCUAGUGCACUGAUAAAUUUUAAAAUAUGAGUAAGUCGUUGGGGAUUCCAGUGAAGCUGCUGCACGAGGCGCAAGGGCACGUUGUUACUAUCGAGUUGAAGAACGGGGAGUUAUAUCGAGGCACGCUGACGGACUGCGAGGAUAACUGGAACUGCCAAAUGGAUAACAUCACGUUCACGGCUAAGGACGGCAAAGUGUUGCAGUUGGAGCAUGUCUUCAUCAGAGGCAGCUUCGUCCGCUUCGUCAUCAUCCCAGACAUGCUUCGAAACGCACCCAUGUUCAAACGACUGGAAGCCAAACUUAAGGGCAAGGGGUCAUCUAACCUGGGAGUGGGCAGGGGCAGAGCCGUGGCCAUGCGAGCCAAAGCGCGGUCAGCAGCAAGGGGAGCGCUGGGAGCAGCACCUGACGGUGGUGGUGCUCCUAUGGGCAUGAUGGGCCGAGGUGCCCCCCCUCCUCGGCGGUAACGAUGUUACAGAGUGUUAUUUCAUGUGUGUUAUGAAUGGAACUGCCGAGUAGCACGGAGGGCAAUGGCGAAACUGCGAACGAGUGAAUGACAAUAAAAUGAAAGAGAAUACAAUAUAUAGAAAACCUAGGCUGAUGAUCCUGCACGUAGGAUCGGAAGGUUCGGGAAAGGUGUCGAAGGGCCUCGAUGUGUCGAAGCGAGGUCCGGAAAGGCCCAGGAGGCUCGAACUGAGGUCUGGAACCCUGGCGAUGGUUCGGGACUGUUCGAGUCGUACGCCCUAUAGCAAGCCUCAGUAAGGAAUUUCUAAUUCCUUAGAGUGUGUUGACUUUGUUGCGCUUAAAGUGAGGGUCUCGAGAAGCAAAAGCCAAACCCAAAGGUUUUGGUUUCGGGGGAUCUCGAAAAUUGCGAGGUGUGGUGAGGGUGCUAGUUGGGCGUUGUUACUUUUUCGCUAAUUUCGUCAACCCAAAACCGAACCUGUUGGAUUUGGUUUUUUGCUUCUCGAGACCCGUGCUUUAACCCUCAGUUUUUUUGCAUUUAGAAGCAUAGUGUAACUUGAACUUGUGUACUGUAAAAUUGCAGCUGCUGGUGCCAGAGCUCUUUCAUCCCGCGUACCUGUACUG